UAUCAUGACAUCAUGUCUUGCCACCCAGAAAACUUUCAGUGGGAGCACUGGAGUUUUGAAAAUGUUGCUACCAUACUUGCUCGCCGGUUCCCUAAUAGCUUUAUUUGGGUUGUAAAGUGUUCUCGAAUGCACCUGCACAAAUUCAGUUGUUAUGACAACUUUGUUGUGAGCAACAUGUUUGGAGCACCAGAGCACAGCACUGACUUUGGAGCUUUCAAGCAUCUCCAUGCGUUGCUAGUUAAUGCAUUCAGACUCUCUCAGAAUAUUCUGCUGUCCCAGAAAAGUGUACAUGGUGUCAGCAAGGAUGCAAAAGUAGCUGCUUGUAAAUCACAGCCACAGUCUGUUCCUACAACAAAUGGCUGCUCAUCCACAGAAAGAGAGAGAGAUUGUGAAUGCUCUGAUAAUUCUGCUAUGAACUUCAUUAUACCGUCUGCUGUAGGUGCAGUGUCAUUUACUUUGAUUGGCUUCAGUAAAGGUUGUGUGGUUUUGAACCAGCUGCUUUAUGAGCUGAAGGAAGCUAAAAAAGACAAGAAUAUAGAUGCCUUCUUAAAAAACAUAAAAGCAAUUUACUGGCUGGAUGGUGGUCACUCGGGAGGAAGCAAUACUUGGGUCACUUACUCUGAAGUACUGAAAGAACUUGCAGAGACAGGAAUUGAAGUUCAUGCUCAUGUUACACCAUACCAAGUGUUUGACACAAUGAGGUCAUGGAUUGGGCGAGAGCAUGAGAAAUUUGUACAGAUACUUGAAGAAUUUGGUGUGGAAAUAAAUGAUCAACUGCAUUUUGCUGAUGACGUUCCCUCCUUAGAUAACCAUUUCAGAGUACAUGAAGUAUUUUGAGACUGUAUGUAUCUGAAUAUUCAUUGUAAAAGCACUUUUAAUACUGUAAAUAUUGUCAUCUAGAUAUACAACUUCAAGCAGAUGCUUUCUGAAGAGAAUACUAUGUAAGUCCUGCCUUGCAAAUAGAUACUAGGUAUAAAUUUCAGUAGCUUAAAAAGGAGGAUUGGGACCCCAUACCUACAAGAGAUGUUGUCAUUUGAUUCCUGGAAAAAAAUGUUGUGAAGAAGUAUCCUA